ACAAUAUGCGUGGAGCCAUAGGAUCUUUUAACAUGCUCGAGAUAGGUGUGGUGUUACUCAAACACGGACCGAGAGGACGUUCUUAGCCAAAGAUAGGUAACAUUACUUGACUGUGUUCACCUGAGUCAAGCCAGUGUAAAUUGCCUUUCCCCAAAGGCACAGCAUAUUGGAGCUAGUCUAGUAGGGAUUUGAAACCAGAAUCUUUAGAUUCCUUGGAAGUCAACAACUCUAACCAAAAGGCCACCUUGCCAUCUUUGAUCAAUGAAGACUUGACGGAAACUAUCCAACCAUCGGCGAGUAAAACUCUCACCCAAAGCCACGGUCGUGUCAACAGCGGGCAUUGACCUUUAAGUUUCGGUACGUCACAGGUGUGGUGACGUCAAAUCAGGAAGUGAGAUCGCAAACAGCAAUGGCGACUGCUUCUUUCUCGGAGAAAGUCAGCGACGACUUCAUUCAGUGUACGAUCUGUUGCUACAACUUUAAGAAGCCGAAGGUUCUUCCCUGCUUGCACACCUUCUGUGCGCACUGUUUACAGGAAUGGGUCCAGAAGAACGAUGACAACACCUUUCCGUGUCCCACCUGUCGUGAGCAAGUUCAUUUGCCCGAAAAUGGCGUCGAGGGUCUAAAGGACAACUUUUUCCUCGCCAGCCUGGUGAAAGCCGUGACAGAGCACCACAAGGUUCGCCACGGGCAGGAUGGCCUCCUCUGCACCACUUGUGACGAAGGGAAGCCUGCCACGUCCAGGUGUUCGGAGUGUGCUGAGUUUCUGUGCGAAAGUUGUGAGUCGGCACAUCGUCUUCAGAGAGCUACCAAGGGCCACACUCUCUUCACGUUUGAGGAACUGAAGACGGGCAAAUAUGACGGCGUCUUCAAGACAAGGAAAGCUCCACCGUGUCCCAAACAUUCAGGAGAGAUCCUGAAGCUCUACUGUAGGACAUGUGAGACUCCGAUAUGCAACGAAUGCGCCUUGUUUGAACACAGGGACUCACAGCACGACCUCAAGCGCAUUGAAGAGGUGGCCGCUGAGAAGAGAAAGACAAUCUUAGAUCUCACACCUCAUUGCCUGGCCCGAAAGCACUUCUUCCAACGGACAGAAGAAGUUCAAAACCGCCUGAAGGAACAACUUCAGAUAAAUACAGCGAGGGCUCGUCAGAACGUCCACAAAACUGUGCAAACUUUGAUUGCCCUGGUUAAUGAAGAAGGAGAGAGGCUUUUAACAUGUAUUGACACAGAGGAAGCAUCCAGGACAAAACAGAUAGAAGCAGAGAUAGAGGGAGCGCAGAUCAGUCUGGCGAGCGCCAAGAGUACGUGUGAGUUUGCAGAGACUCUAGCUAGGGAGGGAGGCGACUACGAAGUUGUGUCUUUCUCACAGGAUUUGACGGCUAGACUGAACGACUUGACCAAACCACCUGCCGACACUGUAAACUUUGGACUGGCAAACAUCGCGGUUGAUUACUCUGUGAUGGGGCGCAAGUUAAAACAAAACGUCCCGCCACCUCCAAAAUACUUAAUGCAAAAAUCAACGGAGAGAGAACUACGUUCUCUGCUGAAGUUGAAAGGAGUAUCGCAAAGUCGGACGAGCUCCGGAUCCAGAACAGGUCUUGGUCCGAAACAAAACGGGCGUGGAAGUCUGAAAGGCAACCAACCCCAUGGGACAAUGGAACAUUACAUCAAUCAGUCAGCAUGGGGUUUUCCUGGCAGCAUUAAGAUCCACUACAUCUUCCCCAGUGGUAUACAAGGGCCGGAGCAUCCAAAUCCUGGAAAGACGUACAGUGGAACAUCGCAGACAGCCUACCUUCCAAACAAUAAGGAGGGCCAUGAGGUUCUAAAACUCCUACAGCAAGCCUUUAACAAGGGUCUAGUCUUCACCAUUGGCAUAUCAGAGAUUGCAGGAUGGAAUGAUACUUAUUUGGCAACAGUGAGGGAGCAACUUGCUGCAAAGGGCAUCAAGUAG